CCCCAAUAAUAAUUACGGUGUUCGCUUUAUUAUCUUGUCGAUUCUUGGCUCUGUAACAUUCCAUUUUUCUUUUCUUUCUGCAAGUAAGGCUUGGUUUACAUUAUUUAAAAUUCAACACUCUUGCUUUUAUCUCCAAUCUAUCUGCUUUUCUAGAAAGUGUAGAUUGAAUUAAAAAAGGAUAGUACAUUCACUUCUUUCACUCCUUUCACACACCACGCAAAACGAUGUCGAAGUUGUAGUGGAUAAGUCGGCAACCAUGCUGGAGAAGCUGAAUCUCAAUGAGCGCAGCUGGAAGUUCUACGCCGCCGCCUCUAUCCCGCCAAUCGUCGCAGCGGGCCUGGCCCUGUGGUACUACUCGUCGCGCGCUGACGAACCCUCCAAGAAGGACGACAAGAAAAAGCGGCAACGCAAGGCCAAGAAGGCCAAGAAGGCCGCAAGGGCCGCCAGCGACUCUGAAGACGCAGCUGGCGACGACGAGUCGACGGAAAAGCUGACUGAGAAGCCUGCGCCACCGCCGUGCCCUGAGAACAUGACCGAUGAGCAGCUCGCCAUGCUGGACGCUGGCGAGCUGAAGAAGAUCGCGCAGUCGCUCAAGUCCCGCGGCAACAAGUUCUUCCAGGCCAAGCGCUACGCCAAGGCUAUUGAGUUCUACACGCAGGCCCUGCGGUUCGACGAGGACCCAGUCUUCUUCUCCAACCGUGCGGCAUGCUACGCGGCUGACAAUCAGCACGCCAAGGUCAUCGAGGACUGCACCAGCGCGCUGAAGCAUGAGCCUCGUUACGUCAAGGCCCUGAUGCGGCGCGCGCAGGCGUAUGAGAACACGGAGAUGUUCCGCGACGCCCUGUAUGAUUUCACGACGGCGUGCAUCAUGGAGGACUUUAACAACAAUAAGCUGGCUGAGGCCGAGGCGCGCGAGCGCGUGGAGAAGCGCAAGCCGCGGUUGCCCUCGAACUCAUUCAUCGGUGGCUACCUGAACUCGUUCAAGAGCAACGGUGACGAGGCUGUGAUCACUGAGGCCGAUGCGCUGUACAACCAGGCGCUCAGCCUCAUUGCGCUGCAACAGUACUCGCAGGCUAUCGAGUCUAUCGAGAAGGCUGUCGAGGCUACCAACAAUGGCAGCAAUGCGGCACAGAGCGCUGCCGACAUCUACAGCGUGCGCGGUAUGUUCAACUUCUUGCAGAGCAACCUGGAUCAGGCGGCCGCCGACCUGGACAAGGCGUUGGAGAUUGACCCCUUGCAUGUGCGCAGCUAUAUGCGCAAGGCUAACCUGUUUACCGAGAAGAAGGACCUGGACACGGUGUCGCAGCUGCUUGAGAAGGCGCAGUCUGUGGACCCCGAGAACGCCGAGGUGUACUUCCAGAAGGGCCAGGUGCGGUUCCUCAAGCAAGAGUUUGCUGAGGCUGCCAAGGACUAUGAGCGCGCCGCCGAGCUGGACCCCGACUUUGUCUACCCGCGCAUCCAGCUGGGUGUCGUGCAGUUCAAGAUCGGCAAAAUGGAGGAUGCCAUGGAGACCUUCAGCACGGCCAUGCAGCGGUUCCCGAUGCGCAGUGACCUGUACAACUACUACGGCGAGGUGCUUGCCGAGCAGGGCGGCACCGAGAGCGCCAUCGCUGCGUUCGAGCGCGCGGUCGAGUUGGACAAAAAGAACCCGCUGCCGUACGUGAACCAGGCCAUUGCUAUGUUCCAGUCGACCGGCGACACGCCCAAGGCGCUGGAUCUGAUCAAGUGUGCGCUUUCGGUUGACCCCGAGUGCGAGCUGGCCGUGGCUGCGCUGUCGCAGAUCUACCUGCAACUGGGCAUGUUCGAGGAAAGCCUGAGCAUGCUGCGCCGGCGGUCGAUCUGGCAAACGAUCACCUUCCGCGAGACCACCGCUGCACAGUACCGCUUUAUGCAGGAGCACCCGGAGCUGCUCAACAAGAUGAUGAUGAAUGCAAUGCAGUGAAUGAUGAGGAUUGCGGAUGUGGUGUGCAGCAGACUGUUUAUUUUUUCUACGUGUUGAAUUUUACAACUUUAUUUUUUUUAUGGUGCGGAACGUUUUUCGGUUUCAUUUGGAAAGUUGGAGACCGUGAUCAUUAUAACGCUGCUAGCGCUAAAUAG